AUGGCGGUCCUUCGCCAAUUGACCGCGCUGGUCACUUUUCUUGUCUUCAGCGUCUUCUGCGCCCAGGGACUUGCAGCUGGAGCUGCAGACGAGGAAUCCAUUCUGAAUAGUGAGAUUGGGCGAUCAAACAACCAGAGCUUGCUAUGGGGCCCUUACCGACCGAACCUCUACUUCGGAAUCCGGCCCAGGAUACCCAAGAGUCUAAUGACCGGGCUGAUGUGGGCAAAGGUCGACAACUACCAGGAAGUCCAGAACAGCAUUCGAUACACCUGCGAGCAGCAUGAGGGCAUGGCGGGAUAUGGCUGGGAUGAAUAUGAUACACGGAAGGGCGGCGUACAGACGAUCCACGAUGCUGGCAACAAUAUCGACAUCACGACGUCUUUUGUCAAGAUCCCUGGCGGCGCGCAUGGAGGCAGCUGGGCUGCCAGAAUCAAGGGAGAACCAAGAGCCGAUGGGCCUUCCGAUCUGAAGACAACCGUCAUAUUCUACGUCUCACAGGACGAGGGGCUUGGUAGUAGCCUAGCUGCUUAUGAAUCUGAGGACCCGCUAGGAUAUGAUGGGGAUCUCGCUUUGGAGGGACAAUCUCAGUCCUUGGGAAAGUACAAGCUCGUGGUAACCAAGGGCACAGGCGAUCAUCCCAUGAGUGACCAUGAGUUAUCGGAGCAGCGCGACUUGGGGAAGACUGUGAUCCAGUCUGUGACUGUUCCCGAGGAUUUUGUCUGGCAGGCGAAGCCCAUUCUAUUCCGACAGCUCAAGGAAGGCGUCGACUAUAUUAUGGAGAACUAUGACCCCAAUCAGCCGCCACCACCGUGGCAGGUAUAUCAGCUCACGAACAAGCCUGGUAUGGGAAAUGUGCACAUGAUUCAGAAGAUGUUCGAGGGUCCUUUCGAGUUCGAUAUUCUUUACUCUAGUCAUUCGGCUGGUAAGGAAGUCACGAGCGAGGACUUGACCCGAGAGAUUCAGUCGACUACCGAAUCAUUUGGAGAGCGCUUCUCAAACGUCUUUGCUCCCAAGGCUCCUUUCACUGCCGAGAAGUACAAGAAAUUUGGUAGGAGCAUGUUCUCAAACUUAAUUGGCGGUAUCGGCUAUUUCUAUGGCCACUCUGUUGUGGAUCGGUCCUAUGCCCCUGAAUAUGAAGAGGAAAACGAGGGUUUCUGGGAGGAGGCGGCUGAGGCACGGGCCCGAAAGCAGGAGAAGCUUGAGGGUCCUUAUGAGCUCUUCUCCAGCAUCCCAUCAAGGCCCUUCUUCCCUCGAGGGUUUCUGUGGGAUGAAGGAUUCCACCUCAUGCCGAUUGCGGACUGGGACAUAGAUCUUACUCUUGAGAUCGUGAAGAGCUGGUUCAACCUAAUGGAUGAAGACGGCUGGAUCGCUAGGGAGCAAAUCCUGGGACCAGAGGCUCGAAGCAAGGUUCCGGAAGAGUUCCAAGUCCAAUAUCCACAUUAUGCCAACCCACCAACACUGUUCUUAGUCAUUGACGAAUUUGUUUCACGACUUCAGAGGAUGAACGGUAGUAUGCCAUCAGAGAAAGAGAAGCUCUCACAAGGCGUCUCUCUAUCUACGGCUCAUCUCGACAAUCCUACAGUUGGCCUUGAUUAUCUUCGUCGGUUGUACCCAUUUCUUCGCCGCCAGUUUGACUGGUUCAAGAAGACCCAGUAUGGUGAUAUCAAGUCCUAUGAUCGAGAGGCUUUUUCAAAGAAGGAAGCCUAUAGAUGGCGUGGCAGAACCGAGCGACACGUUCUGACUAGUGGGCUUGAUGAUUAUCCACGAGCACAGCCACCCCAUCCGGGUGAGCUUCACGUUGAUCUCAUGUCAUGGGUUGGAUUGAUGACGAAGUCCCUCAUCAACAUCGCCGGCGCUCUUGAUCGACCCGACGAAGUCGAAGAGUUCAAAAAGGUUCUCAACGCGAUUGAGCACAACCUUGACGACCUGCACUGGUCAGAGAAAGAUGGCUGCUAUUGUGACGCGACCAUCGAUGAUUUCGAGGAGCACUCACUAGUGUGCCACAAAGGAUAUAUCUCCUUGUUCCCUUUUCUGACUGGCUUGUUGAAGCCCGAUAGCCCGAAGCUGGGCAAGAUAUUGAGCCUCAUUGGCGACGAGGAGGAGCUAUGGAGUCCUCACGGUAUCCGAAGUUUAAGCCGGAAAGACGACUUGUACGGCACGGAUGAGAAUUACUGGCGUAGUCCAGUAUGGAUGAACAUCAACUAUCUCGCGGUCACGCAGCUAUACAAUCUUGCCAAGCAAAACGGACCGCACCAAAAGCAGGCAAAGGACCUGUACACACGGCUGCGCAAGAAUUUGGUAGACACCGUUUUCAAGAGCUGGGAGGAAACCGGCUUCGCCUGGGAACAAUAUAACCCAGAGACUGGUCAAGGUCAAAGGACGCAGCACUUUACAGGCUGGACGAGUCUCGUGGUCAAGAUUAUGGCAAUGGAUAAUCUCAGUGGUGGUUCUGAGCACCUGAAAGAUGAGCUGUGA